AUGCACCGUCGCCGCCUUGUGUCUGGUCUUCCCAGGUCCCUCCCUCCUCUCCCUUCCUCGCCUGCGCCGCCUUGCCUUCCUUGCGUCGAGGGGCGGCAGCGCGCCGCUCCUCACUCCUCCUCGUUCCCCCCGACAGGGGCUCCUCUGCAGACCCUCCACCUGGACGUGUGGGGCCCAGCCCGCGUUCGUGGCCAGGGCGGUGAGCGGUACUUUUUGCUGGUUGUCGACGACUACUCGCGUUACACCACGGUCUUCCCCUUGCGCACCAAGGGUGAGGUCCCUGCUGUUCUGAUCCCUUGGAUCCGCACAGUUCGUCUCCAGCUCCGCCGCCGUUUCCGGACGGAUCUUCCUGUCCUGCGUCUGCACUCUGACAGAGGUGGUGAGUUUUCCUCCGACCUCUUGAGGACCUUCUGUCAGGCGGAGGGCAUCGAGCAGACCUUCACGCUUCCGGACUCCCCACAGCAGAAUGGGGUUGCUGAGCGCCGCAUUGGCCUGGUCAUGGAGGUCGCUCGUACCUCCUUGGUCCACGCGGCGGCUCCCCAUUUUCUGUGGCCGUUUGCUGUCCGGUACGCCGCGCAUCAGCUCAACCUCUGGCCCCGUGUCUCCUUGCCGGAGACCUCGCCCACACUGCGUUGGACGGGGGAGGUUGGCGAUGCGUCGCGCUUCCGGGUGUGGGGUGCUCGUGCCCUUGUCCGCGAUACGUCCGCGGACAAGCUCUCCUCCCGCACGCUUCCCUGUGUCUUCCUUGGCUUUGUCCCUGACGCGCCGGGCUGGCAGUUUUACCACCCCACCUCGCGCCGGGUCUUCGCCUCUCAGGACGUCACCUUUGACGAGUCGGUCCCUUUUUACCGUCUCUUCCCCUACCGUACUGCCCCCCUCCCUCCCCCGCCGCUUUUCCUUGCUCCUGGUCCCCCUCCGGUAGACCCCCUUCCCCCUCAGGGUCCUGCUCCUUCAGGUGUCUCUCAGGUAGACCCUCCUCCCGUCGCUGAGCCUGUCGAGGUCACAGGUGACUCAGGUGCUGCUGCAGGUGGUGCUGCUGGGAGUGCUGAGCCUGCGGGUGCUGGGCCUGGGGGUGCUGGGACUACGGGUGCUGGAGCUGAGGGUACUGUGCCUGAGAGUUCGGCGCCUGGGGGUGCUGAGCCUGGGGGUGCUGCGACUGGGGGUGCUGAGCCGGCGUGUGCGGAGUCUGGGGGUGCUGAGUCUGGGGGUGCUGCGCCUGCGGGUACUGAGCCUGGGGGUGCUGCUACUGAGCCUACGGAGCCUCGGGUUGCUGCGUCUGGGGGUGCUCCGGUUCGGGGUGCUGAGCAGUCUCUCACACCACAGCAGCUUCGUGACUGGUACGUCCGGCGCUUUCGCCGUCCUAGUGGCUCGGCUGGAGCUGGGGGUACUGGAGCUGCCGGGACUGGUUGUUCUGGGAGCACUACGACUGGAGCUGCUGGAGCUGGGGACUCUGGAGCUGGCGGCGCUAGCGGAGUUGUAGCUGCGGACCCUGGGGGUGGUGCUGCUGCUGGUGCUGCGGACCCACCUGGUGGAGCUGCUGCUGGAGCUGAGGACCCGAGCGGUGGCGCUGCUGCUGGUGCUGGGGACCCGGACGCUGGAGUCUCUUCUACUUCUGGAGACGCUGCGCGGCCGCGGCCGUACUUCGUACCGCUCCUUCAGCAGGUUCUUGGGCAGGCUCCUCCUCCUUGUCCUCCUCCCUCCGUAGAGUGUCCUCCGACUGUCCAGCCGCAGUCACAGUUACCGCCUGCCUCGCCUCUCCCUGCUCCCUCUCCUUACACUGGUCCCACAGGAGGUCUUACAGAGCGUCGUGAGCCUGAGUCUCGUCCUACGUCGCCUGUCCGUACUGCUCGCACUGGUCGUCGUGUCCGUCGUGAGCGUCCUCCUCCUGUCCCCGGCACUCACUACAUGACUCUGCGUCCCUCUACUGCUCCUCAGCGUGUCCCUCUACCGUCUCCUCCUGCGUCCUCUUUGCCUGCCGUUCCGGACCCUGAGUCUGACCGGUAUCGUGCUGAGCACCCUACUGUCACGCGUCUCCUAGCUACUGUUGUCACUGACCCUACAUUUGAGUCCUCGGCUGCGUCUGCUCUGGUCGCUGAGUUGGUUGACUUUGCUGCUGCCUGUCGUCUAGACUACGCUGCUCGCCUUGUUGCUGGGUCUGAGUCUGCGUCUGUCUGUCCUCCGUCCGUCGGGGGUGAGUGUGCUCUUGGCACGGACGUCCUUGAGGACAGGCAGGAGGACUUUGACUCUCUCGCGGCUGCUGUACCUCAUCUCGUGGCCUGGUUGCUUGCCCCUGAGGGAGACCCGGAUGCACCAGACAUCCCGACCCCGCGCACUUACGCAGAGGCGAUCUCGGGUCCCUACUCCUCUCAGUGGCAGACAGCCAUGGACGCAGAGAUGGCAUCCUGGAAGUCCACAGGCACCUACGUCGACGACGUUCCCCCUCCUGGGGCGAACAUUGUCGAUGGCAUGUGGAUUUUCAGGGUGAAGCGGCCGCCAGGUUCUCCGCCUGUCUUCAAGGCUCGUUACGUUGCUAGAGGCUUCAGUCAGCGUCAGGGGGUUGACUUCUUCCAGACCUUCUCCCCCACCCCGAAGAUGACCACUCUUCGGGUUCUGCUGCACGUUGCUGCUCAGCGUGACUACGAGCUUCACUCUCUUGACUUCAGCACAGCGUUCCUGCAGGGCAGCCUGCACGAGGAGAUCUGGCUGCGCCGCCCACCUGGCUUUACUGGGUCGUUUCCUCCUGGUACCCAGUGGAGCCUCCGCCGGCCAGUCUACGGUCUCCGCCAGGCGCCACGUGAGUGGCACGACACACUGAGGACUACACUUGCGGCUCUUGGGUUCGCGCCGUCUACUGCUGACCCGUCGCUGUUUCUGCGCACAGACACGUCGCUGCCGCCGUUCUACAUUCUCGUGUACGUCGACGACUUGGUCUUUGCUACUGCUGACACUGAGGCACUCGCUCGUGUGAAGUCGGAGCUGCAGAAGAGACACACCUGCACUGACCUGGGUGAACUGCGUAGCUACCUUGGCUUGCAGAUCACCCGGGACAGAGCUCGCCGCACCAUCACCCUGACUCAGUCACACAUGGUGCAGCAGGUCCUUCAGCGCUUCGGCUUCCAGUUCUCCUCACCACAGGCCACACCUCUGGCUACCAGCCACUCGCUCUCAGCUCCACCUUCGGACGAGUCCGUAGAGCCGAGUGGCCCGUACCCAGAGCUUGUAGGCUGCCUCAUGUACCUGAUGACUUGCACACGACCUGACCUCGCGUACCCUCUUAGCAUCCUUGCUCGUUACGUUGCGCCUGGGAGACACAGGAGAGAGCACUGGGAGGCUGCUAAGAGGGUGCUGCGUUACUUGUGCAGUACAUCAGGCAUGGGGCUGGUGCUUGGAGGACACGACAGAGUUGUUCUCACUGGUCACUCGGACGCUUCUUGGGUGGACGACUUGGCUACGCAGCGGUCGUCGCAGGGUUACACCUUCAGCCUUGGCUCUGGUUCUGUCUCGUGGCGGUCCACCCGUUCUUCUUCUGUUCUCAGCUCUAGUUGUGAGGCUGAGAUCUACGCCACGGCCAUGGCUGCACAGGAGUUACGCUGGCUCACCUACCUGCUGACUGACUUGGGAGAGCGGCCUAGUUCUCCUCCAGUUCUGUACGGCGACAACAAGGCGGCCCUUGCCUUGUGUUAG